AAGGUGCAGUACAGUUUUGAGAGCCCUAUAGGGACAAGCAAGGCAAAAAAGGAGUUUGUACUUACAAACCCUAAACCUGUAUGCCUAAAUAAUACUCAUUGUCUUACAAUCUAUUGAGUUGAACAUCUCUCUAGCCUGGAAAUUUGGAACUUCCUGGGAAUCAUACUGACUUUCCACAAUUUUCAAUGAUUUCAAACAUUCUCAGAAGCAUCUUGGAUUUAUUCUGAAAACCCGGACUCCUCUGAAGCCACCCUUCACAUUGCAAGUUGGGACCUAUUCCAGGAUUUGAGUAAUCUGGCGACCUUGGAAACACUUGGAAACUUUCUUUCUGCUCCUUAUUUCUUGCUCUGAAACAAACCGUGAGAUACUUUGUUUAUGGUUUUUGAAAUACUGGGUCUAGUUUACUUUUUUUUACGUUGGCAUUACCUUUUGACCUAAUCUGGGAACUGUUACCAUUCUGCUAUUUUAGUCUUAGUAGCUCUAAAAUCAAUUGUACAUCUGUGGAACUGCAUACAAGUUUAGCAACCAACUCUUCCUGAAUAAGAGUCCCAUCUUUUUCUAGAAAUUUCCUAUGGCUCAAUCAGGCUCCUGCCCAAACCAAGACCUAUCAAAUGCUGCCAUUGUCCACAGCCCACUGGGUGUUUGUUCAGACUUGGAUACCCAGAAAGGAAGAGAGGGUGAGGAAGGAGAAGAGGAAGAUGAUGAGGUGGAACUAGCUGAGGAGGUAGGGGAGGAUGUUUUGAUGAUGGCUGAAGCAGGACAGGAGCAUGAAAAAGACGAACUUGGAGCACAGGAUGAAAGGGAGGAAGUGAGGAUUAUACAAGAGGACCAGUUACCAAAUGGAGUAUGUAGAGAGGGGGAGGGAGGGAGUGAAACACUACAGGACAAGGGGGAGGGAGGACUAGAAACGGCAGAUGAAGAGCAUGAAAAGAUAGAUGACCAAUUAAGACAGAAAGAAUGUAAAGUAAAAGAAGAAGAAGAAGAAGAAGAAGAAGAAGAAGAAGAAGAAGAGCCAAAAGACACAAAGGCAAAGACUGAUAAUCCAUGUCAGUUUUCGUCAUUCAGUAUUUUGUCUCAAGAUCAGAUAUUUGGAGAAAAUGAGGAUGCAGAAAGUAAAGAGAAUACCCAAGAGGCCUUCAUUGAAAGUUCCAAAACAGAGACAAGGGAGGAAGAGACUAAUGAAGGAGACGAUGGGUUAGAAGACCACCAGAUUGUGUCCACUACAGAUGAAACAGAUAACCUUCAAGAAUUAAGUAUUAUAGAGGAGUCAGGGGAGGAUGUGCAGUUGUCUACUGAUGACACCGACAAAACAGAAGUUGUUGUUCUUACAGAAAUCAUUGAGGAUUCAACCACGGAUUCAAUCUUUGUUACCGCAAGCCUAGAUGAACAAGUCAACAUUCAAAAUGAUCUAUGCCAAACCUCUGUUGACAAUAGUGGCACACCAUUCAAUACUCCUGGUACAAUGGAGGUGGUGGACAUUCAGACCAAUCAGUUAGCCAGUGAGAAUCAAGAUGGCAUGACUAAUAUAGAUGAGAAGAUCAACUCAGAAUCCAGCAAACAGGAAGUUGAGCCAACUAAUAACAACAUUAUCUGGCAACAUAAGGAUCCCAUAGAAGCAAACAUUGAGGAUGAGGGAACCAAGGAGUUGAUGAAGGAUGCAAUAAUCGCUCCUGAUGUUCUGGACAUGGUGGGUGAAGCAAAUCUAGAGGUAGAGCAACCAGAGUUAGCAUUUGUACCUCAUGAAGAGCCGUCACAGACAGAUGGAUGGACUGACGAAGGGAUUAACCAGAAAGAGCAAGUGCAACAGGUUGGGGUUAAUUCUCACGAUGAGGCAGGAAGACUUAUAGAGGAGGAGGAGAACACGAGUGAUGUUAUUCAAGAGUUAAAGGGUGAGGAAGUGGACAGAGGAAGAGGUGAUGAAGAAAUGCAGGAGGGAUCUAUUGUUAAGCUUGAAACCCAGGCUAUGGUAGGCCCUCCAGAACCAGAAGGGCAGAGUGCAGAGGAGCUACCUUUAGACACACAGCAAGAUGUGCAUUUGGAUCAGGUGGAGGAGGCCUUUGAACUGGAGGAAGAGGGUGAAGUUGAACUAGACCAGCCAGGAGGUGAAGUCACAUCAGAGGAGAAUGAUGUGACAAAACAGGUUGGUGGUGGUGAUUUUCAGCAACAUCUUUCACAACUGCUCAUAGAAGCAUGGGCAGACAACUUGAGAGAACAUCCAAGAGAGAAGACUGAUGAGAGAGGCAGUCAAUUAGAUGAAUUGGUGGGAGGAGCAGAGACAGCAGAAGAACCUGUCACAGUUUUAGAUGAUGAGAUUGAAGAGAUGGAGGAGAAUCAGACUAGUGAUCUUGAUGAUCAAAAGCCUUCCACCCUUACAGUCCCUUCUGAAGAAGGCAUAAUGGAGACAAAGGAGGAAUGUCAAAAGAUAGAAAUUGAGAUGGUUGAACUAAGUGAAGAAAAAGAUGAGAAGCAAAAAGAUGAAGGAGAGGAAGAGAAGGAAAAGAACCAAAAAGAUGACAACACAGCAGAAGAGUUAGAUACAAAUGGAAGAGUUAAAGGACUGCAGCAAGAAAUGGAGAAUGGGAUCUUGUCUCCCGAGCCACAACCAGUCAGGAAAGAGGGAUGGGGGACAGCAAGAAUGCUGUCACCAAGAACAAAUCAGCCUGAGGACGAGAGAGCACCAGAAGUGAAAGACUGGAGGAAAGAUUUGAAGCCAGUGAAAAAAGACAAAUGGGACACUGAAAGGGGAAGGAAGGAAUGGAGGCAGGAAGCAUCACCAGAGGAGAAGAGUCUGCUAAGGAGGGAGGACUGGAUGAAAGAGCUGAAGUCAGUGAUAAAAGAUGAAUCCCUGCCCAAAAAGAGAGAUGAGCAUGUGAAGAGAAAGCGAGUGGUGCUGCUCGAGGAUGGCCAUUCAUACUUCCCACAGCGGGAGGAGAUGACUGAGGAGAAGAACGAGGAGGUGAAACACAUCCCCCAUAGGAGAGUGAACAGCCCUUUCUCUCCUGUCCACAGGAACAGCAGGACACCCCAAGAUCAGGACUAUGAGAUCUCACUCUAUGUCAAGGCAGGAAGUGACGGAGAGAGCAUUGGUAACUGUCCAUUCUCUCAGAGACUCUUCAUGAUCCUAUGGCUUAAAGGAGUCAUCUUCAACGUCACCACUGUCGACCUCAAACGAAAGCCGGCUGACCUGCAGGACCUCGCUCCAGGAACCAACCCUCCGUUUGUGACCUUCAACGGCGAGGUCAAGGUGGACGUCAACAUGAUCGAGGAGUUCCUGGAGGAGAAGCUGACCCCCCCGCGCUACCCCCGACUGGCUCCCAAACAUCCAGAGGCCAACACAGCCGGCAUCGACGUGUUUGCCAAGUUCUCAGCUUACAUCAAAAACCCGAGAAAAGACACCAACGACGCCUUAGAGAAAGCCUUGCUAAAGUCUCUUCGGCGUCUUGAUGACUUCCUUCGGACUCCCCUGCCCGAGGAGAUUGAUGCCUACGCCCCAGGCGACCUGCCCGAGUCUUCCAGGAGCUUCCUAGACGGGGCUGAGCUCACCCUGGCUGACUGCAACCUCCUUCCUAAACUACACAUCCUCAAGGUCGUAGCUAAGAAAUACCGCGGCUUUGAGAUCCCGGCGGAGAUGAUGGGGUUGUGGAGGUACCUAAACUGCGCCUAUCAGAGGGAGGAGUUCACCAGCACGUGCCCCGCCGAGCGGGAGAUCGAAUUUGCCUACCUGGAUGUUGCAAAGCGGAUCAAAUAAGGAGAGGAAGGAAAGAAUGGAGAUGGAUGAAUGCAAUAAAACAGGGAGGAAUGACGAAGCAGUAGGUCUCUCAACAAAUGGUUACAACAGAAAACGUGAAAAGCAGCUCGAAGUUAGAAAUAAGGAGAAGUAGAACAGAUAGAAAUACGACUAAGGUGUUUGGGUGACGCCGAAUUGAUCAUGUGAAGAGUAGGAGGGAGGAGGAAGAUGAAGAGAUACAGAAGCACCAACACAUCUAUUCAUUCCUUGAGUUUGAUAUCUCUGCAUUGACAGGUGGUAUGCUGAUUGUGCGUGUGUGUGUGUGUGUGUGUGUGUGUGUGUGUGUGUGUGUGUGUGUGUGUGUGUGUGUGUGUGUGUGCUCUCACAGGUUGGGUUGCACCGUAUCUUUAUGCUAAUCGUUCUACAAGUCAUCUAUAAAUUAGAGAUCUGCUUGCAGAAUUAAUUCCUGAUUCACUUUUGAUUCACUUUUCAGACGAUGGCAGGACCAGGUUCACUGCGAGAAACAAAAGAAGUAGCACACAUAUACAGCACGUAAGCAUUAUUACUCGAAAUCUACUUUUAGCAAACCCUUUGAUUAACACUUUGUCUCUAAAUUUGAAAAUAAAUAUACAUGUACAAUGGGAGUCUGCUAUUCACACUAUUGUCGCCAGUUCAGCUUCACAUUCAGUCGCGCUCACAUUCACGCCUGCGAUAAAUUUAGAUUCGUAUGGUUUAGGUCCUGUGUGACAUGAGUUUUAAUAGCUUCUAACUUUGUCCCAGCAGUCAAUGAACACUGGUAAUAUAAUUAUGUCCCAGCCUUAUCUCAGUCUCAUUCAAAUAUAAACUAUGUCACUGUCAAUCUAAUAACUGCAUUUAAGUAGUGGUACAUGUAAAAUACUAAUGUCUCUGUGAGUAUAAAGUGACAUAAUAUUUAAAAGGACAUGAUACGUAAAUCAUAAUGUCUUGUAAAGAAAGCAUUGCAUUGUGGGGACUGCUGAGAUGUAUUAGAUCCAUUCAAAAUGGCUCAUUUUGUUUGCUGUGUUUAAAGCAAAAAUAAAUUCGGCCCACAUUACAUUUAACUGAAAGUAUUUUGGGGAUGUCAGAAUCCAGAAUGAAGGAGAAAUCCUCCCCAAACCCCCAAAUCGGAUUCAGACAACUUAUACAGGAUUGUCCUUUUUUUUUUAAAUUCAACAUUACAGUCCAACAUUUACCAACCCUGACGCCAUAUGCUGUGUUCUGGCCUUAUAUCCUCUCUGGGGGGGAUAAUCUUUAUUAAAUAUUGAUUUUAUCACUGUG